CGCGCGUGUAUCAGCCCGCCGGGCGCUCUUUUUUCUCUCCCACGGGGUCGGGGGGUGGGGGGGGAGGCGCACGCAGAGAGGGGACGGGCAUCCAUCCCUCCUCCUCGUCCGCUGAUGCCACCUGCCCUCCCCUGCCGGCGGCCUCGCCCGCAGCGCGGCGGGACCCGUUAGGAGCGAGCGGCGGCGGCAGGAACAGCGCGGCAGAGGCGGCAGGAUGGCGGACACGGACCUAUUUAUGGAAUGUGAGGAGGAGGAGCUGGAGCCAUGGCAGAAAAUCAGUGAUGUGAUUGAAGAUUCUGUUGUUGAGGAUUAUAAUUCAGUUGAUAAAACUGCUACGGCUGGCAACCCCCUGGUGCAGCAGAGCGGGCAGCCGCUCAUCCUCGCCCAGAACCCCACCUCGGGCCUGGGCACGAUGGUCACGCAGCCAGUCCUGCGGCCUGUGCAGAUCAUGCAGAAUGCCAACCACGUCACCAACUCCCCGGUGCCCAGCCAGCCCAUCUUCAUAACCACCCAGGGGUUUCCUGUGAGGAACGUGCGGCCUGUACAGAACACGAUGAACCAAGUGGGGAUUGUUCUGAACGUGCAGCAAGGGCAGACAGUUCGGCCCAUCACCCUCGUCCCAGCCCCAGGUACCCAGUUCGUUAAACCAGCGGUUGGCGUUCCUCAGGUGUUCUCUCAGAUGGCCCAGGUGAGACCCGGUACAACCAUGCCGGUCCGACCCACCACCAACACUUUCACUACGGUCAUUCCGGCCACGCUCACCAUCCGGAGCACUGUUCCGCAGUCCCAGGCACAACAGCAAAGUAAGUCCACUCCCAGCACCUCCACAACUCCUACUGCGACGCAGCCAGCAGCACUGGGACAGUUAACUGUGCCGCAGCCAGGGCAGGCCAGUCAAGCUACUAACCCCAAAUUAGUGAGUAUCGCAAGCUUUGUGACGGUGAAGAGACCCGGAGUGAGUGGUGAGAACAGCAACGAGGUUGCAAAGCUGGUGAACACCCUGAACACUGUUCCCUCAUUAGGACAGAGCCCUGGCCCACUGGUGGUUUCCAACAGCAGCCCUGUGCAUGGAUCCCAGAGAUCCAGUGUGUCAGAGUCAUCGUCGUCGUCGUCAUCAAAAGUCAGUUCAUCUCCUAUUCCCACCUUUGAUUUGCAAGACAGUGGCAGAAAGGUCUGCCCAAGGUGUGACGCGCAGUUCCGAGUCACUGAAGCUUUAAGAGGACACAUGUGUUACUGCUGCCCUGAAAUGGUUGAAUUCCUCAAGAAAAGAAAACCUGUAGAAUCUGAACCAAAUAGUCAAUCUGCAAAGCCUCCCUCUCCAGAAAAAAUAGCUAUUGCUUCACCUCCCUCUUCCACCCCUAUCCCUGCGCUGUCCCCGCCUGCUAAAGCUCCGGAGCUGAGUGAAAGCAUAGUUGACUCAUCCCAAAGUAAGCUCAUUAUGUUGGUGGAUGAUUUCUACUACGGCAGAGACGGUGGCAAAGUGAGCCAGCUGCUGAACUUCCCCAAGGUUCCAACUUCCUUCAGGUGUCCGCAUUGCACCAAGAGGCUAAAGAACAACAUACGAUUCAUGAACCACAUGAAACACCACGUUGAGCUGGACCAGCAGAAUGGGGAGGUUGACGUCCACACCAUCUGCCAGCAUUGUUACCGGCAGUUCUCCACGCCAUUCCAGCUGCAGUGCCACCUGGAGAAUGUCCACAGCCCCUACGAGUCCACUACAAAAUGCAAGAUCUGUGAGUGGGCGUUUGAGAGCGAGCCAAUGUUCCUGCAGCACAUGAAGGACACCCACAAGCCCGGCGAGAUGCCCUACGUUUGUCAGGUCUGCCAGUACCGUUCCUCGCUCUAUUCUGAGGUGGACAGCCAUUUCCGAAUGAUCCACGAAGACACGCGGCACCUGCUCUGCCCCUACUGCCUCAAAGUCUUCAAGAAUGGCAACGCCUUCCAGCAGCACUUCAUGAGGCACCAGAAGAAGAGCGUUUAUCACUGCAACAAAUGCAGACUCCAGUUCCUGUUUGCCAAGGAUAAAAUUGAACACAAGCUGCAGCACCACAAAACUUUCCGAAAGCCCAAACAGUUAGAAGGAUUGAAACCUGGAACCAAGGUUACGAUCAGGGCGUCCAGAGGGCAGCCGCGGACAGUGCCGAUAUCCUCCAAUGACAUGGCGCAGGGCGCUGGGCAUGAAUCCGCUCCGCUAUCGUCUACAGAUCCCCAGCCCAUCUUCCUGUACCCACCCGUCCAGAGGAACGUCCAGAAGAGAGCGGUCAAAAAAAUGAGCGUCCUAGGCAGGCAGACUUGUCUGGAGUGCAGCUUUGAAAUCCCCGACUUCCCGAACCACUUCCCUACCUACGUGCACUGCUCGCUGUGUCGCUACAGCACUUGCUGCUCUCGAGCUUACGCCAACCACAUGAUCAACAACCACGUUCCGCGGAAGAGUCCCAAAUACCUGUCUCUGUUUAAGAACUACACUGCCUGUGGUGUGAAGCUGUCCUGUUCCUCCUGUCUCUUUGUGACAUCCGAGGGUGACGCAAUGGCCAAACACCUGGUCUUCAAUCCGUCACAUGAGUUCAGCAACAUUAUUUUCCGAGCGCCUGCUUGGAUGUCACAUUCCAGGCACGUCCAGCCCCAGGACAAGAGCGUGAAGAACACUUGCCCUGCGUAUUCCCCAAGUAAAGCUGCUACUGUGAAAACAAAGCCUGUGUUGCCAGCAAAAGAUGACCUGGAGGCCGAGCUGGCCCCUGCGGCCUACGAGAGGCCCCUGCUCUGCCCGGAGGAGGAGUGUUUACACGUUGGUGCUCCGGAGGAUGAGCAGCCAACCAAGGAGCCCGAGCCAGCGAGCAGAAAGGAGCAGCUCUCAGUUAAAAAGCUGCGGGUCGUACUGUUUGCUUUGUGCUGCAGCACGGAACAAGCUGCGGAGCAUUUCCGGAACCCGCAGCGGCGGAUCAAACGCUGGCUGCGAAAGUUUCAGGCUUUCCAAGAAGAGAACUUGGCGUCCCUGUCGGAGGGCAAGUACCUCAGCCUGGAGGCUGAGGAGAAGCUGGCAGAGUGGGUCCUGAUGCAACGGGAGCAGCAGCUGCCCGUGAACGAGGAGACACUCUUCCAGAAAGCCACCAAGAUCGGGCGAUCCCUGGAAGGUGGCUUCAAGAUCUCCUACGAGUGGGCGGUGCGGUUCAUGCUGCGGCACAACCUCAGCACGCACACACGGCGGGCGGUGGCCCACCCGCUUCCCAAGGACGUGGAGGACAAUGCCAGCUGCUUCAUUGAGUUUGUGCAGCGGCAGAUCCACACUCAGGACCUGCCCCUCUCCAUGAUCGCGGCCAUUGAUGAAAUCUCUCUCUUCCUCGACGUGGAGGUGCUGAGCAGCGAUGACCGAAAGGAAAACGCUCUGCAGACGGUGGGGACUGGGGAGCCUUGGUGCGACGUCGUCCUCACCAUCCUCGCUGACGGAAGCGUUCUCCCAACGCUGGUCUUCUACAGGGGGCGUGUACAGCAGCCCGCCAACGUGCCGGAAUCCGUCGUGUUGGAAGCAAAGGAGAACGGAUACAGCGACGACGAAGUCAUGGAGUUGUGGUCCUCCAGAGUGUGGCAGAAGCACACGGAGUGCCAGAACAGCAAGGGCAUGCUGGUGCUGGAUUGCCACCGAACGCACCUCUCAGAAGAGGUACUUUCCGUGCUGAGCGCAUCCAGCACUCUGCCGGCUGUGGUCCCCGCCGGCUGCAGCUCCAAAAUCCAACCGCUGGACGUUUGUAUAAACAGGACUGUGAAAAACUUCUUGCAUAAAAAAUGGAAGGAGCAAGCCAAGGAGAUGGCGGACUCCACCUGCGACUCGGACAUUCUCCUCCAGCUGGUGCUGUGCUGGCUGGCGGAGGUGCUGCAGGUGAUCAGUGACUCCCCGGAGCUGGUGCAGCAGUCCUUCCUGGUGGCCAGCGUGUUGCCGGGGCCAGACGGCACAGCCAACUCACCCACGCGCAACGGCGACAUGCAGGAGGAGCUGAUCGCCUCCCUGGAGGAGCAGCUGAAGCUGAACGGGGAGCAGCUGGAGGAGGCGGCGGCCGCCGGCCCAGAUCGGACCCAGGCCGAGGAGUCAGCGAACCCAGAAAUCCUCCACCAGCUCUUCGAGGGGGAGAGCGAGACUGAGUCCUUCUACGGCUUCGAGGAUGCCGAUUUGGAUCUGAUGGAAAUGUGAGCACUGACCCUGCGCCCUGGGAUCCAGAAAGGGUUAUUUUUUAAAUAAAUGUUGGCUGAGACCAUUAUUCCCUGUGGAUUUGUGGGUGUAGGAAAUUGGUAGGCGAUCACUCCGAUCA